AUGUCUCCGUCAAUAGAGGUCGGCCCAAUUUUGGCCAAAAGACUGAACGCCCAGUGGUCUUUCGACUGCUCACCUGGGCGGGAACUAGGGAAAGGAAGCGUUGCCGAUGUGUAUCUAGGAACAAACCACUACACCCAAGAGAGAAUCGCGAUCAAAAAGCAGCGCCUCCGCUGGUCCUCUGGUUCUAAGGGGAGCAUGCUUCGCCAUGAAUACGGUGUUUACCAAGAGCUGGGCCGAGGUGAAGGCAUCCCAACUGUGUACGACUACUGCCGCGAAAGGUACAGAUACAGAGGUGAGCGUAGAUAUCGAUGCUACUUGGUCAUGGAGCAGUUGGGUCCAAGUCUCUACAAAACCAUGCAGCACAGAUUGGGAAGACCGCGACUGGCAAGUAGCGGACUUUUCUUCUCCCUGGAGGAGGUUGUGAGCAUUGGAGAGCAGUUGAUCUCUGCGCUGCAACUUAUACACAACAGGAAUUUUAUACACCGGGAUGUUCAACCUAAGAAUAUUGUGUACGACAGAUCUCGAGAGCGAGUGUUGCUGAUCGAUUAUGCCGUCGCCGAAAAGUAUCGAAAUCCCACGACCCACGGGCACCUACCCUGGCAAGCCGCUAGAAUGGUCGGAUCGCCUAUUUUCGCCAGCCGCAACAGUCAUCGCGGUCACACAGUAUCGCAGCGUGACGAUAUGGAAUCCCUAGGUUAUGUCCUGGUGUAUCUUGUUCGCGGACAACUCCCCUGGCAACACCUCUCUGCGAAGGCCAAAGACCUGAUUGCUGUAAAGAAAUCUACCAUCACCAUUGAAGGCCUUUGCGGUGGGUUAGAACCUCUGUGCAAAUUUUUCCGCUCAGUGAAGCGGCUUGUGUUCGGCCAGGAACCUGAUUAUAACGGCCUACGCCGGGUGUUAUGUUCACUUGUCAUGUGA